CCGGAUAGGGCGAAGAAACAAUAAUGGCGUCUUGUGUUGAGGAACCUGUUGCGGCUACAGACGAGGAGCCCGCUGACAGUAUUGCGUCUCGGAAAAGAGAAGAGAGACUCCGCAAGUUUCGGGAGCUGCAUUUCAAAAGGAAUGAAGCACGCAAGCUCAAUCACCAGGAGGUUGUGGAAGAAGACAAAAGACUGAAGUUACCAGCCAACUGGGAGGCAAAGAAAGCUCGACUGGAGUGGGAACUUGCUGUGGAUCAGAAGAAAAAGGAAUGUGCUGCUAGAGGGGAAGACUACAACAGAGUGAAGCUGCUGGAGAUCAGUGCUGAUGAUGCAGAGCGGUGGGAGAGGAAGAAGAGGAAGAAAAAUCCAGACCCAGGGUUUUCAGGUUAUGCCGAAGCCCAGCUGCGACAGUAUCAAAGGCUCACCAAGCAGAUCAAACCAGACAUGGAAAGCUAUGAGCGUCAGAGAGAAAAGUGUGGUGAGGACUUCCACCCCACAUCCAACAGCCUGAUCCACGGCACCCAUGUGCCCACCAAGGAGGGCAUCGACCGCAUGGUAGAAGACGUUGAGAAACAGAUUGAGAAGCGGGCCAAGUAUAGCCGACGCAGGGCAUACAAUGAUGAUGCAGACAUUGACUACAUCAACGAGAGGAACGCCAAAUUCAACAAGAAGGCUGAGCGUUUCUACGGCAAAUACACCGCAGAGAUCAAACAGAACCUGGAGAGAGGCACAGCGGUCUAGCUGGCUCAUUCACAUCAAUGGACGCUUCCAAUUUGGCCAUUUUUAAAAAAAAAAAAUUUUAAGCUUGGGAGCUUUGCAUUCUUUCUUUUAUUUCAGAAUCACAAUACUUUAUUCAUCCACGAGGGGAAAUUGGGUAACCUUUUUUUUUUUCUUCCCCUUUUUGGAAAUGUUUCCCCCUUUUUCUCCCCAAUUGUACUUGGCCAAUUACCCCACUCUUCCGAGCCGACCCGGUCACUGCUCCACCACCUCUGCCAAUCCGGGGAGGGCUGCAGACUACCACAUGUCUCCUGCGAUACAUAUGGAGUCGCCAGCCACUUCUUUUCACCUGACUUUGAGGAGUUUUGCCAGGGGGACGUAGCGCGUGGGAGGAUCAUGCUAUUGCCCCCAGUCACCCCCCCAGACAGGUGCCCCGACCGACCAGAGGAGGCGCUAGUGCAGCGACCAGGACACAUACCCACAUCCAGCUUCCCACCUGCAGACACAGCCAAUUGUGUCUUUAGAGAUGCCCAACCAAGCUGGAGGUAACACGGGGAUUCGAACCGGCGAUCCCCGUGUUGGUAGGCAGUGGAAUAGACCGCCACGCCACCUGGACGCUCGGAGCUUUGCAUUCUUUAAUUACAGUAUAAGACACUUACAUGGUGCCUAUAUGUACAUGCUAUACGAUGCUUAAAUAUGGGCCGUAUAUUGACACUUGUCACUGUUGUUGAAAAAUCUUAGUUUGUUUUGUGUUUGAGAUAUGGUUUUCUUUUCUUACUGAUACAAUUGAAAUUAGUAAAAGAUAUUCACAGUUUGUUAUUGCUUCAUACUAGGUGAAGGCGACCCAAAAACCUUGCCAUUAUUCUUAGCCUACAUUUGAUUUAAAUAAAGCCACUUUGAAUGA